CUACGUAACAAGGUCCCCAAUCACUAUUACAAACACUACAACUUAUAAUCCCAACUGCACGGAGCUUCGAAGUUGCAUGAAACCAUUCGUCUUGCUGCAUAAGAAACUAAGAAAUAUAGGGGCAGAAAGGCCAUUGAAAGUGAACCGCGGGUAAGUUAUUCAUCCUCAAGUUAUGGUAGCAGCAUAACAUUGUGAGCUGUUGGAAACUUCAUACCCAAAUUUUGCUAGAACGGGAAUUUUCAGAGACGUAGCAGCCACAUAUGCAACACUUGUAACGUUCACUUUGCCCGUCAUCCUUCAGUAUGAAAAUCAAUACUGUACGCCACAAGUGGCCCGUCUAUUCGCCCUUCUGCGAAUCGUACUCCGACCUGAAAAGCAAGUUCAAUCGGUCCCUUCCGGCAUAUCCUUACACGCAAGUAAAGUCUCUUUUCUUGGGCUUCUGAUGCUCAUGUUAUAAGCAAGUAUGAGCACUCGUCUUUGCACACAGCACCAUAUCUCUGCAAUGGCAGAAAACGGUUCCCAGAAGAUAACUCCCGGAAGCCUUGAUGUCGAACAGCAAAGCUUCGACGAUGCAGCCGAACGCGCUCUUGUGUGGAAGAUCGACUUGCGCCUCAUCCCAUACCUCACGUUUCUAUACCUCCUCUCAUACUUGGAUCGAGCGAGCAUUGGCAACGCUAAAAUCGAAGGACUCGCUGUGGACCUCCGUCUUACAGACCAGCAGUACCUGUGGACUUUGACAGCGUUCUUCUUCCCAUACGCGUUCUUCGAGGUACCAUCGAACAUCUUGAUGAAGAGUCUGCGCCCGAGUAUAUGGCUCCCCUCCAUAAUGAUCGCGUGGGGAACGUGCAUGACCCUCAUGGGCCUCGUGAAGAACUUCGAGGGCUUGCUCACAGCUCGAUUCUUUCUGGGAGUCGCGGAAUCGGGACUAUUCCCGGGCGUCACUUACUACUUGUCGUGUUGGUACAAAAAGCGCGAAUACGGCGUCCGAACAGCGAUCUUCGCCUCCGCGUCGCCCUGCGCGGGAGCGUUCGGCGGCCUCUUGGCAGCGGGCCUCGCGCAGCUGGACGGGGCCGGCGGGUUGGCUGGCUGGGCUUGGAUCUUCAUUCCCGAGGGCCUGGCUACCGUCGUCGCGGGCCUGGCGUCGUUCUGGAUGGUCCCAGAUUUUCCGGACUCGGCGACAUUUCUGACGCAGGAUGAGCGCGACCGCACCAUCGCGCGGCUGCAAGCGGACUCGCAGCUGUCGGCCGGGCACUUCGAGGCAUUCCACAUGCGCCGCUUGUGGACCGCGAUCAGAGAUUGGAAGACUCCGGUGGCGAUGGUGAUUUACAUGGGCCUCGUUGGGCCGGCCAAUGGACUGACUCUUUUUCUCCCGUCCAUCAUCCGAGACCUCGGUUACACCUCGACGCAUGCGCAGCUCCUCACCGUGCCGCCGUAUGCGGUUUCAUUCCUCGUAACUGUGGCUGUCGGAUUAGCAGGUGAUAAGACUGGACAGCGGGGCAAAUUUGCUGUCCCCUGUGCUCUCGUUGCCAUUGUGGGCUAUAUAAUGAAUAUUAUACCAUCCUCCGGACCAGGGGUGCGAUACGCGGGCGUGUACCUCGCCGCUGUGGGGAUUUACCCCGCCGUUGCAAAUUCCAUAUCGUGGGUCGCGAACAACGUGGAGGGUUCGUAUAAACGAGGUAUUGUCAUGGCCAUCAUGAUCUCGUGGGGGAACCUGCAGGGUGUCGUGAUUUCGAACAUUUAUCGGGCCAAGGAUGCACCGCAAUAUGUUCUGGGCCACUGUGUUGUGGUGGGAUAUCUGGUGAUCGCGUCGAUUGCCAGUGCGUGCUUUUCUCUUGCUCUGGCAGCAGAGAACAGGAAGAGAGAGAGGGGCGAGAGGGAUUACAGGAUCAAGACUGGCACGGAGGAGGAGAGGGCCGAGAUGGGCGAUCUGCAUCCGUCUUUCAGGUAUACGAUUUGAUCAGGCAGUCUCACAGGGUUGGACCAGUCGUUGGGCUUGUGGAGUGAUACUCCGUCCACUUGUCCACUCGGAGUUUGGGUGGAUGCAUAUUGCUUGGUUCAAAUUUGCCGUCUCGACGGCUCUAGUGGACGGAAAGGUUUUGAAGCUGAGGAGCUAUAGUAACAUGGUAAGAACAACGCCUAAAAAUUCGAUGACCAUUUGGAUGCAAGAAGAAAUAAUCAAUCUGCAUGGAACCUACCGAGUGCAGAGCCUAGCUGACAGGUAUUCUCAGAGCUACAACCAGCAAAACUCUCGUGGUUCGGAAACUCAAUCGAAUAAUAUCCGCACACUAGUUGGCCAAACACCCGCUUGCAGUCGAUUUUCUGCCAGUGCCCUCAAGUAGAUAGCCAGUUGAUUGCGGAGCUGUCUGAGGUAGUUCGCAUAUGUCCACCAACCCGCAUUGCUUUCUCUUGUGAUUCCACUGCCCCGUGGCCUCCUGGUUCCGUCAUUUCACGAGCAUGGGCUGUACGUACAGCUCGAGUACACUAGGAAAAUCGUGUCCCCCAACGUUUUUGUACCGGCAUAAUGGUAUUCUCCCGCGGAUGCAUUAUGCAAUAAGCCGUGAAGUAGAGCACACAGUCUAGUUUCGCCUUAGAACUUUACACUUCCUUCUUCCCUUCGGAAUGUUUUAUUGCUAUGGAAGACGACAAUUGUCAUUAUCCGAUCACCAAACUGGGGACUAUGCGAAGGAUCCCAAAAAUCCGGGCGCCGCUUGGAAGUGUAUAUUGUUGUAUCAAAUGACAUCGUUCUGUCACUACUGUACUGGACAAAUCCCG